GAAUGAAAAAUGGCCUACAUUGCACCUAAAGUAUCAUCUACAUGCAGUUCUGGACCCUUAAAUAACAAUGUGCUUUGUCAAGCCCUUUCCACUCUAAGAGGGAUUGUGGAGUCCUGCUAUGGUCCAUUCGGUAGGUUAAAACUUAUUCAUAAUGCUGUUGGAGGCAACGUUUUAACCACAUCACACUCUUCUGUCCUUUUGGGUAAUCUCUCUGUGUCCCAUCCUGUGUUAAAGCUGCUCGUAGCUUCAAUGUUGAAUCACCUUUCUCGAUUUACCGAUUCUGGAUUAUUUGCAACCAUUCUGUGCUGCAAUUUAACAGAGAGUGCAAAGCAACUUGAUGUACCAAGCAGUCACAUUGUCAGGAUCCAGAAAGAUCUUCUGGAUAUUUGCACUGACUAUCUAAGAUCUGAGGACUGUGGCUGCAGAAUACAAAUAGACUUUAACAACAUAAAGACUUUGCUUUCACUUGUUCGCACGGCGAUAAAUAAACCUACUUGCAUGUUGACCAUCAAAGAGGCGGACUACAUCAGUUCCUUAGUGUUACAAGCGUUCUUUCAUACCAUCCCAUCAAUAAUUGGCGAUACCCUGUCCUUGGGAAAGAUGCUGAUUACUCCCAUUGAGGGACAGAGUGUUAGUGACUCCUGCAUACUUUCUGGAAUCCUCAUAGAAAUAUUUGCAUCUCAUUCGGUGAGAGUUGAUGCCACAAAGUUGACUUUUGGUUGCAUUAAGAUUGCAGUAUUCAGUGUCUCUAUGUCAGGAGAUGUCGUGGACAGUGGUGAUGGGCACUGGGAGGUGACGUCAGGUUUCUGCCCAGAAGACGAAUCACUUGUACAGCUGCUGAAGACGGGAAAGCAGCUCGUUUGUGAUCAAGUUCAUCUCGUCGUCUGCCAGAAAGUAAUUCAUCCAGUUCUUAAACAGUAUCUCCAGGAGCACCAUGUAAUCGUGGAAGAUCGCCUUGGUCUUGCUGUAAUGGAGCCCCUGAUUCAAAUGGCAGGUGCACGCCUCAUUACUUCAUACUAUCAUCCCGUUUCUCCCAACUGCUAUGGCAACAUUAAGAAUCUGUUACUUGUCAAGUGUGGUUCUCGGCAAUUCCUGCACCUCCUUCCAAAUGGAAACAAGCCUAUAUGUACCUUGUUACUAUGCAAUCGAAGUGAAGCUGGACUGAAUGAGCUAAAGGUUGUUUGUCAAUCAGCAGAAUGUGUCUUGCGCCUUGCACUCAAAGAGCCAUAUGCUUUACUUGGAGGAGGUUGCACUGAAUGUCAUCUAGCGACAUACAUUGGCUAUAAGGUGCACUGUGUGACGGACGAUAAACUAGCCGAGAUGUGCUGCUCCCGAGCACAAUAUAAAAUUGUUGCUGAUGAUUUCUGUCGCUCGCUGGACCGAACUGCAUCCUCACUGGAGCAUGACGGUGGGGAGAACUUCAUUGAUGCCAAGUAUGGUCAUCGUUGGUCUGUCCUGGCCAAUAUGCCUCUCAAUAGCCACUGGUCGGAGGUAUUUUCAAGAUGUGUUUGUGGAUCAUACACUGCACACCAAAACCUGGACUGGACUAUUCUAGGUACUAAGAGAACAAUCGUAAACCUGGAAAUGCCUCCUGAGAAACCUAGUGAUUACUCCCCUGGUCAAUUAAUCCUCGACUCCUACACUGUGAAACUUAACGCUUUACAAGUAGCGGUAGAAACAGCUAAUUUGAUAGUUGAGUUACAAUAUGUUAUUCAGGAUCGGAAUUAAGCUUUCAUGCCCUGGCUAUAAAUCAAGUCUGGUUUUCUAAUCCAUCUCAGUGCUCGACAUCGAGUCUAGCUUUCUUCCAAGUGUCAUUGCUAUAAUAAAUUAGAAAGGUCCCCUGGCAAAGUUGUAGAUAACUAUCAGAACAAGAAUAAUGCAUACUUGUACUUCCCUGCGCAACUUAAUGCAGUCAUUUCUCUGAUUGCCAAAGAUUAAGGAUCAGGAAUUAGCAUUUAGAUGGCCUGGUUGUAUAGUGCGUUGAUGCACUUAUUUUGUAUGUUCAAACACUAAAAGGCCUGUCCUGCUGUACGAGGGAAUUCAAGAGCUCUCCCGAGUUUAAAAAAAAAAAAAUCAAACACGUGGUAAGUACCUAGAAUGUACGUAGCGGGUACGUCGGAGCUCGGGACGUCUCUUAGCGGCUCAUAACGCUAACGGCAGGUACUCGGGAAACGUAAGCUCGUGAAGAUUUUUCAACAUGUAAUUACCGGUUAUUACCGUAAUUCUCCGAGUUCGAAUCAGGGGAGAACUCGAAAGUUGGGAGAACUCUUGAAUUACCUCGUUCAGUGGGAUAGGCCCUUUAGGGGCCUGUCCCACUUAUGCAAUUAUUUUUCGGCGACUUGCCGGCACCCGUCAUAGUCGCAGUAGGUGGCCGAAAAUUUUCAACAUUUUGAAAAUCCAGCGGUGACCAGAAAAAGGUACGUCUCUUUGAGCGACUACUCACGACCAUGCAGGCGUUACCCUGGGACAUGUCAACACGUGACGUCUGUAUGGUCGGGAGUUGUCGCCCAAAGAGUUUUUAAUAAUUGGUUUUAAUAAAUCAAUAAUUUAAUCAAGAAUUCUAAUAUUAUUAAUCCUAUUCCAUUAAUAUCUUAACUAGAUUUGCAGGGGUUUUAAUUUAGGGUGGAUAGCAGCCUCAACGUUAAAACAAUCAAUUUGAAAAUAAAACUCUUGAAUUAAAACUGAAGAGAACGAAAGGCAAACCAAAAGUGGAAAUUUAUGUUUAAUCUGCGAAGAAAUUGCAUGAUUUUGAAGGUGAUAUUUGGUAAAUGCCAUUUUCCUGUUGGAGGAACGAGACUCAAUGCAGAAUGUACACAUGUAGGAUUUUCGGAUGAAGAUUACUUCAUGUAGUUUAAGGCGGUUAGCGAGGGCAUCGAAUGCAAGAUUUGUGGAAUACAGGGGUUUGAUCAUUGUUCCAGUCGCAACAAGGGUGAGAUAAGAGAAGAGCUAGGUGUUACGCAGGUAAAAUAAACAGAAACAGUUGUUUGGAAAUGGAGUUUGUAGCUAAUCUAUUUAAAAUAAGGGAGUAUCUGAAAACAUUACUGAAAUCAGAGGCUAAGGUGUAAAGAUAUCUUAUGCCAAUGGUUCUGUCACUGAUUUUACCAGUGUUCAUUUGGCAAACCUUGUCAGUUUUGUACGAAGUUCAUUCGUCUGAGAAUACUGGGGAACAUAUAGACCAACGGUAUUUUUGGAAGUA